GUGGGUAAACGAGCCAUGUUUUUGCGGUUGAAUAUGAUGUACGCGAAAGAGUAGCAAACAAGAUUCUGUUUAAUCCAUUUGUUUUCCCGUGUGAAGACAGUUCGGUGGGAUCUGUGACGAGUGUCAAACAAGUCGUCCAGACACCAACGAGAGGAAUUUUCUACGCCAUGUUUGGCCCUCUGCGUGCUGUGCUUGGCGGUCGCGCUUUUGCUUUUGAUCCGCAGAUUUUGACCUCGUAGUAGUAUCACUUUAGGCCCAGGUGUUGUGUGUUAAUUUGACACCGAUUAAUUUCACCUUCAUGUGAAGUGCGCGAUUCGCUGCUCAUCCAGGCGCCUUGGCUGAACUCCGACGUGAAUCCGAUGAGACCAGAAGCCCAGCUAUGUCCGAGGGGGAGAGUUGGCCGGGGGUAAUGGCCCUGCGGGGCACGGGAGCUCGUGGGGGCUAACGAGGCCCCGAGCAGGCAGCAUGGCCCAGUGGCCCCCUCGAUGGCGGCAGACGGCCCCCCACAGUUGAGAGCGGCAUCUCUGCCCCCCUGCCCCCUCGAGGAGGGAACCCCCAGCGCCACGGAGGAGAACGCUGCCGUCUGGCCACAGCAGCGGCAGCAGCACCAUAGUCAUGCAGCAGCGGCUGGCCACAGCAACACCACUACAGGCCCAACACGUGAUCCAGCACCAGAGCUGCUGCAGCGCUCCAAGGAUGAAACGGGUGCAAGUUUUGGCGGCAGUGCUGCUACAAUGGAAGCAGGCGCUCAGGGCAGUGGGAAACCCGGUUAUAUCCCCGCUGCUGUACACGUGCCCCCUGGCUGGCGUCGCUGUCUUGUCGAAGGCAAAAUUGUCUACUUUAGCCCAAGCAACCACCAGCUGCGGAGCCUGGACGAGGUGGCCAGGUACCUGCAGACGGACGGCGUGUGCAAGUGUGGCCUGGACUGCCCUCUCAGCCUUGAGAAAACGUUCAGCUUUGAUGCAGCGGUUCUCUCCCGACCCUGGUCACCCACUGCCAACGGCAGCGGCUGCAGGGUGCCUCUCCACGGCAGAGCUGCAUCAGCGAUUGCUGCCCUCACCACCACCACAGCCACCACCAGCACCACCAGCACAAGCAGCGCUGCCUGCCCAAGUUUGCCCACGUUCAGGCCCCCUUUGCAAACGGCAACAGUCACGGUGGCAUCUCCAUUGGCCAGGCCUGCGAGAAAAGAACCUGUCCGCAAGCGGAGCUCUCGUGCGAAACAGCGUGGCCCUUUUGACGGCGUCCUGGUGUCUCAGUUGUUGGCACAGCGUGACCAGAAUGCCCUACGGAAGCAGGCCGUCAGCAGUUGUGCUCCUGCAAACACCAACACCCCGGUGCAUUACACUAGCAGCAACACCAUCCCCGGUGCUAUGCCCUGGCAGGCUACUGGAUACUACCAGCCUCGCCAGGACACUGUAACCAUCCAGUGCAGCAAUACAAAUGCACAGGGAAGUAACAGCUUCCCUCCAGUGUCCGGAGGGAUGAGGAGAAUAGUUGCUCAGGCGAUCUGUUCACCUGCUCCUUCGGCACUGCAAACAAGUACCGGUACAAAUUACCAGUGUGCAAACUUCCCCUGUUGCCCAACCAAGCCUUCUGGCACUUCCUCCUCCUCUGGUCGAUCGAGAGGACAGAAGAAACUGCCCCGCACUAGAAUGCCGAAGUUGAGUGCCAUCAUAUCCAGCCGUGCAGUGUGUCCUAAUGUGGAUGUUGGCCAGAUGGUGGCAGCUACUGGUCACUCAACAACGAACACAUGUCACGGAGCUCGCCAGCACAACUGCUCCACCCACGAUGCUUCUUCCCCUGCUUCCACGCCAAAUGCGAUGGGCGGGCCUUCAAUUGGCCAGUGUAACACUGUGCACAUGGGUAGUACUGGCCAGCUCACCACCUGUAGGACCUCGUCAAAAGAAAUUCCUAUGCAGGUGCCACAGGUUGGGAGGCUGCCAGUCCUGAACGGAGGUUUGUCCAUGGCAUCGAUUCCUUGCAGCACUGCCAUGACAACUGCUCCUUUUGUCUUCACAAGUGCGCCCAGUGGUGGUGUCAUGAAUCAGGGAAGGGGCACCAUCAUGGUGCAGCAGGUCUACAGCCAGAAAAUGGCCAGCUACUCACCAAAUGAGGCUGCGAAGGGUAGCCAGGUGCUUCAGCACAUGAGCAGCGUAGUUCUUCCUCCUGGUACUGGAGGCCUCUCCGCACAACCCUUGAUCAUGGAAUCUUCACCGACAAUUGUCUCCAGUGGGCCCUUCAUCUCCCAGCUUGGUCAGGGGAUUCUGGGGCAAGCACAUCACACUCCCGGUCACUUUUCACCCCAGCAGCAGAGGUUUUCAGAAGUGCCUCGUAGUUGUGCAGAAUGCCCGGUGACCUCCACAACCCUGUGCACGUCCUCACUGUCAGCUCCACAGGUUCUGCUCAGCGGCAACCCCAGCUCCAGCAUCGUGCUACCACCUUCAAACCCUCCCCUGUCGGUUCCCAGUGUAACGACGGUGACAACCUCUGUGGCACAGAUGAUGCCCACAGUGGUGCAGCUCAUCAACCCUCUACCACUGAACCCGGUGCAGAAUGCGCUGCUCAUCCCGCAGCUUCCAACCCUGCGGCUGGACACCCUACCCACGUUCGGAGCCCCCGCAGGGCUGUUCAGUCCCGGCAGCACAUUCCUGUCAUCUUCACCGAUCCCGGUUCUUGGCUCGCCCGUGGGUUCGGACACAUCCCCCGGUUCGUCCCUGCUGGGUCAUGCCACACUGCAGCCGUCCUCCUAUGUCGAUUCAGCGGGACAGGUGCGAUCACGCGAUGCAACGGUGGCUGCGUCUCGGACGUUGGUGACAGCCAAUUUCACACCCGGUACCAUGCAUGCCUUGUCGGCCACCCCUCAUCCACCGCAGCAGCAGUCCUUCUACACAACGGAUGCAGUCAGUGGCAUGGUGCAGACCGGUGCGGUUCAUCACAGCGGCGGUGCUGCUCUGGCUGGUGCGCCUUGCAUGUCCUGUGGACCGGCUCCAGUGACUGAGUCUGUGUGCGACAGUGCCUCCUGUCGUCUGGGCCUGGCCAAUGGGGAUGAUGGCACUUCCAAAGCCAAGUGUGGAGUGGCAGAAGUGGGCCGGGGGCCAGUGAAUAUGCUGAGCCUGACAGUGUCAAGUCUGCAACAGGCAGGCCUGCCCACAGUGACAGUGUUCCCGGCCGGGCAAGGCUCCGUCGUCCAGUCGGCGCCCCUGCUCAACUAUGGGACCCUGCCCUCUGUGAGCCCCCCACAGCUGGUCAUGGGCAUGAUGCCAUCCCUGGGUCUGCUGGGCAUGCCCAUGCACAAUGUUGUCACAGCGCAGCCACAGCCCAUCACUGUGCUGCAGGAACGAUGUCCAACCAUACAACAAACCCAGCAGCAUCUGCAAACUCAGCUGCAGCCACAGCCUCAGCUGCAGCCACAGCCUCAACUGCAGCCACAGCCUCAACUACAGCCGCAACUUCAGCUGCAGCCACAGCGUCAACUACAGCCACAACCUCAACUACAGCCACAGCCUCAGCUGCAGCCACAACCUCAGCUGCAGCCACAACCUCACCUGCAGCCACAGCCUCAGCUGCAGUCGCAGCCUCAGCUACAGCCUCAGUUCCAACUACAGCCUCAAGUGCAGUCACACUUUCAACUCCAGCUUCAGCCACAGUUACAGCCACAUUUACAGCCACAGACACAGCCCCAGUUGCAAUCGCAGUUGCAUCCACAGGUUGAUUCACGGCUAACAUCACAGCCAUCUCCACCACUACCAUCACCACGACAGAUGGCGUCAGACCACCACAAGCUCAUUACAGCCAUGGCACCCAUAGAACCUUCACAACAAUCAAUGGUAAUGCAGCAUGGUGGCACAACAAAUGCUGAAGAUAGCUCAGAUGUAGAGCUUGAUGCUCCAGUAAUGUGUUUCGAGGCUGAAAGAGAACUGUCAGCGGAGGAGUGCAAGACAGGGUUCCUCAAUGACGAAGUGGAAUUUACAACAGCAACAACAGCUGAGGCCAACCUAUCGGCCAGCGAAGAUGAGGCAGAUGAACAGUUGCGAAGGCCUAGCAGUCUGGGUUUUCCAGCACACAUGGACAUGGAUGUGCCAGCGUUUGCAAAUGUGGAUGUGCCAGUGUCUUCAGAAAAUGACGGUACACAUGCGCACAGUGUUGGGGUGCAGAGCCUCUCUGUGGAAGCAGGCGAAAGCAGCCCAUCAGUGUCAUCCACCGUUCCCAUCCAAGCAGGACCGACCCGUGAAGUGAGUCGGGCACAUUUUGAGUGGGCUGCUUAUGGAACUGAACAGGAAGGCCACAUAUCGUCCAGCACAGAGACAGGUGAUGACCCUGGCUGUGCUGCUUCGGUGGACUCGAGCCAGCUGCAGCCGAGGCAGCAUGAGUGUGCCGGUGAAGAGACCCUGGUGGGGGAAGGGCAGCCUUCCAUGGGGGGGACAAGCAGUAGUGGGGAUUCAGGAGUGGAGUCCAGUCAUGAGUUGCAGCGGACAAACAUGACCUGUGCGGAGUCAUUAGAGAGUGAUGUCAGCAGUGUUACUAAGCAGAAGGCCAAGAAGGACCCGAAGCGUAGAAGGCGGGAACUGCUUUUCCUUACCCAGGAUGAGUUUAGAGAUGACUCGGCUGCAGAGGACGAGCGAGAAUCUCCUCCCCUGCCUCCACAGCCACGCACAUUUGACAUUGGGGACUUGGUGUGGGGCCAGAGCAAGGGCUUUCCCUCUUGGCCGGGCAAACUGGUGCGACCAGACCAAGUACGGGGCCACCACAUCAUCUCCGAAGAUGGCAAGCUCUGGGUUCAAUGGUUUGGUGACCACACCUUCACCCAAGUGGAGCCAGAGAAGCUGAAGACUUUGUCUGAGGGGCUUGAAGCUCACCACCGGGCCCGCAAGAAGCACCGCAGGGGUCGCAAGCUGAAUGGCAACCUGGAAAAUGCCAUUCAGGAAGCCAUGAUGGAACUGGACCGACAGACUGGCACCGUGCUUCCCUGACCAUCACACCUCCACUUUUUACUGCUGCUGUCAUCACCUUUCAUGUACUGCAUUCAAAAUGAGCUGCUGUGCCCAAGCAUAUGCUAGGUCAUGCUUGGUGAUGGUACACUGGCACCACGUGGCAUUGCUCUUGCCGAAUUGUAAGGAUUCUUCCUUUAUUCUAAUAACACUAAGAGCCGCCUUUGUACUUGGUCUAGUUGUUCUACCCUUGAUGUGUUUGAUGCUCAUUAUGAACUGACUAACAUCAAAUCAACAUCUGGCCACAAAGAAAAGAUGACAGAGCUUGGCAGUGUGUUUUGAGAACUGCACAUACUGAGACACAAUAGCCUAGACAAGAACAAGAUGUCAAAAUUCGUAUGCUCUUAGAACUAAGAAAGAGAGUAAGACAGCAAGGAAAAAAAGAAAUGAGGGGCCAUAUUAGAACGUUGAAACUCCUUAUUACAAUAGCGCAUUGCAAUGUGCUGUUUGGUGCCACUGUCCAAGCAGGAAGCAUGCUCUCUUGCUCGUGCUUGUGGCAUUAAAGUUCAUGCAGAGUGUGAUGGUUCACAGACAUACUUGUGCAGCUUCGUUCCCCAGAAGUAUAAUUGCCUCUUGUUCUAGCUAUUUAGCUCCGAGCCAUUCAUUGUUUCCCCCACCAGCUUAACUGCAUUUGUUGUCUGCCUCAAGGAGUAUUCCUUAAUGUCUUGGGAGAGGAACUGUAGUGCUUUGAGGCCGGUGACAUGGCAUCAGAACGUCUACAUAUAUUUAUAUAUAUUGAUCUACAUAUAUUGAUUGAAACACGGGCAGGCACUCGCUCAUUGUGACUAUAAGUUAUGGAAAAAUGAGUUGAGGCGCUCUCAGUCAAUUGAAUUGCUCGUGUGGCAUAUGUGAUAAAGCAAAUACAGUUGCCGAGUGAUUUUUCCGACACGUAGGGGUCUACCAAAAUGUCCUAAUAAUGGGGCAGUAAGAAAACACAGGAUUUCGACAGUAAAAUUAUCUUCUUGGUUUGUACAAUACAAACGUUGUGGCAUAUUUAUUUAACGAAUUUUGCUCAGUCUUGUGCUUGUUACAAAUAAUAAUAAUAAUAAACUUUGGUCGUCACAAGAGUCGAUGACCAAGGUUACUGUUUGCUGCCGAAUCGAUGAAAAUCUCUUUGCAGCAGCUGUUUUUUAACUGGUAAAGCCGGCAAAUAAUCUCGCCAACAAAAAUGGAAGUACGGGCAGCAACCUGAACGGCAAUAGCUUUCAUCACAGCUGGCAUGCUUGUGACAUUGUAUGCGCAUAUACUAUGACCAAAAAUUCAGCAACACACCGAGCAGCACUCAAAAUUUCACUCUCUUUUUUGCAUUGGUUCAGUGGCAAAAGUAUAGUGCCUCACGCAUGGCUGAAUGAUCGAGCAGGUCUUAAAAAUUUGUCAGGGACUGUAGUAAUGCCUCCUACAAGAAGUCGCAUCAUAAGAAAGGGUGCAUAGUGUCACUCCUGUAAGAUGGUCGAGGGUGUCUACUCUGGCAUCACAUAGACAUGAAGGGGAUUUCUCGUACAAACUUUUAUGUAGAUGCAUCAACAAGCAAAAUGUCUUCUUGAUGUUGGAGUGUUCUACCAUAACUUCUUUAUUAUGGUCACUUAUGAGCACAUCUACCAGGCCAUCAGACAAAUUGUUUCAGUGCUCUCAUUGAACAUCGAAGUCUCUCUCAAUUUUUGUGAUGUGCCUCUGAAGAACACUUAAAAAUGCUUUCCUAUUUAUUUAUUUUUAAUAAGCAAGGUUGUGGGGUAGUAGUGAGUUUAAACUGUAUAAACGUUGCUCUAUUAAGUGCCAGCCCUGCUUAACAUUGUCUUAAUUUAUUCCUUUUAUCAACGUUGGAUCUCUUGUUUCAUUUUAGUCAUUGUUGCAAGCUGCUGUGUUUCAACUACAUUUGAAUUCUGGUGUAAAAAGAAAAAUAUGUUGUGGCGGGUGCAUUAGUAUCAGCCGAUCAUAGCUGUAGGUUCUCCCCAAGACAUUAUUGAAGACUCUGUGUUCAUCCCCCACCUCCAAUCCCACAUCCCUUUGCUUUCAACAUGUAGCUUGUAGAGAACAGGUUGAGCUUGCUACACAUCUGUACAGUAGAGAUUUGGAGAGAAUGAUAAGUUGAAUACAGAGAAGGAGUAAGAGAAAACUAUGAAGAGUGGAGAUCUUUUUAUACAGAUGCUAUAUAAAUAUAUAUAUAUAUAUAUAUACAUAUAAAUAUAUAAAUAUUAUAAAUAUUAUAUAUAUAUUAUAUAUGACAGCGUUGCUGUUGACGUUUGCUGUUCGUCGUUUGUUCAGUCAUUCUUUUCAAGCUUUUUUUUUAAACGCAGGGCACCCACUUUCCCUGUUUCAAUUCCCCUUCCCCCCUCCCCCCCCACAUAAACUUCCUGCCUGUUGAGGACAGUUAGUCCUAAAAAUUGUUUUCACAUUUUACAUUUUUCCAGCUGUGAGAUUGAAUGAUGUUUGAAGGUGGUCAGAGUGAUGCUCAGUGAUGGAUUUUGCUUGUUUUUUGGUUUAGCUUUUUGUGUAGACGUAUACUAAUCUUGAGAUGGUUGAUUCUCCCUGUGUUCUUUCUUUCUGUUUCUUUUUUUGUUACGGAGGCUUGCCAAAGAAGGUGACAGAGAGGGGCAGCCAGAAGUUGUGCUUGAGCUCUGCCAUUAUGCGGAUCUUUAAAUGUGGUGUUGGCAGCAUUUCUAAGUUGCCCUUGAAAUUUCCCUAAAUUGCAACAUGUUCUCAAUUAAAACACUAUCGGCUGCUUGGGGUAAAAGUAAUUUUAUUUGCAUGGGCAAAGAAAAGUAGCUGAGAGCUAGUGAACUUUAGGGUCUUGCAGCCAUGAUCAAUAUAAGAGGGAAUUAUGAAAUUGUUUUGAAUCAGCAGUUGCUCACAAUAUAGGGGUUCGAACCUGGUAUGUAAACAUGUAGCAAAUAGCUUUUACAUUUGGACAUUUUUCUGCAUAGAACAUCUAUAUGUUUGGCUCAGAUGUUGAAUCAUUGUUAGCUGUUGAAUGAAAAUUGGAAUGUUCCUUAUCAGAUAUCUUGCUCAUGGAGGUUCAUUUCGUGUCUGAUUUUAAUGGGGCAUGAUAUCUUGGAAGAAGCUGAAUAUUUUCAUGGUGUGGACAAACAGUGUGGAAAUUAGGUCUGCAGUCAUGACUUGCACAUGCAGCUAACAAAGUUAUGUGCUUUUUCAUUAGCUGCAAGCAAAAACUACAUGUUAAUAAAGCUUUCUUUUGGAAAAUGCACACUCCAUAACAUUUUUGUACCAGCUUUACAGUAGGCGAAUGCAGCUGAAAAACCAAUUGAAUCGUACAGUUCCCGAAAAUGCAUGAAAUUUCCCACUUUUAUCUUGCACUGAAUUUUUGCAUGUAAUAUGCUGACUGAGCAUAUGUUGUCCCAUAUAUGGUUCACUUUUGCAUCACUCCGAAAUAUUGAAUAGAAGGGACCUCGUCUCAUAAAAAAAAGAAGGCAUAAAAGUGUGGUUUAUUUUUAGCCAGCAAAAUAAGGCAUAUGUGACCGCAGCAUUGAUGUAUAGUCCUCACCUCUGGCGUUAUUGAUAUGAACUGCAAGGAUAAGUGCAGGUCAUUAUCAGGAGGUGAAGGGUUCAGCUUCAUGUUACGAAUAGGGUGAUGGCAUUGGGAUACCAAAGUAGUAUAUACAGCUUUGUUUUUGAUGCUGACAAAUUUAUUUUGGCACUGAAAUGUCAUCUUAGCAGUGAAAUACAUUAAGGCUGCACAUGUGAGGGUGCUAGACUCGCACCAUAUCAUGUUGUAGCUAAGCAACGACACCGGCUCCUGUUGUCGUUUGUGUCAUGUGGGGAACUCGAUCACCAGGACAUGACACAUUGUGCGGGGAAAACAAACAUCAAGGUGUGCAAGAGCCUAGGGUCCCCGCACACAGUAAAAAAUGUUGCUGCUAUCCCACAUGGCACCAUUUUCAAAAGGUAUGGUCAAUUUAGUGUUUAGCCAUUUUUGCAUUACAAUGCAAAUUUUCAUCUAAUAACGCCAGCCUCUUAAAGGGCGACUCCGGCGUUUUUUUUUAACCAUAGUAGGAUAUUGUCACUUUUCAAAUGGCAUUGACAGUCCUGUUACCAGUGGGGUAGUUCAGUUUGCUUAAAAACUCAUGAAUCAUUUUAAAUAACCAAUAAACGAGGUACUGUAACUGAGACAGGUAGCUGCUUUAUGUGACGUCUACGACAAGUCUAUGACAUCAGACCCUACGCUGCCGUAAUGUAACCAUGCAGAAUGUGUGCUAAACAUGCAAUACACGUGGUGCUAAUGCCAAAAAAGUGAAGAUGACAAUGUCUUCUGAUUACACAGGGAGCUUUUCCUGAUCUUUUGAACAAGACAGCAGCAAUUUCAGCGAUGAUAUGAACUCUGAGGGAUCGAUCGCCAUUUGCUUUUCACCUGCCGCAGCUGUACAAGGCAGCUGAUGAGCCCCAAAUACAAUGCUUAGUGCUACGGCAAGAUGAAGAGAAGCACCAGUUUUGUUGUCUGUCAAAACAAUGAUUGUCCGUUGUCAUGGCGUAGAAGAAGGAGUCAGCUUUGUCGUUUCUGGGCCAGUUGGUGAUGUAUACUCUGAUGUCACGAAUACAUGGUGGCCGGAAAAAAUCGUACAUUCGUGGCAUGAGUCGGGAAUAUGUAACAAAUAUUUAAAAUCCAUUUUCAGGAAAACUAAAUUACUUGCAGUCAUAUCGUGUGGCACAGAUAAUCAGAUUGCAAAAGAGAAUAUAUAUUGAAAGUUAUGUUAAGGUCAGUGGACAUCGAAAAAUCACCAGAGUUGCCCUUCAAGCAAAAAUACUCUGGUGCUCGUCAUUUUGCAAGUUUUGGUACUUAAUUAAGAUCGAAUUGUCUUUAGGCUAAUGUUGUUGAAAAUGAGUGUUGCUAGUAAAUGACCUGUGUCGAAGGUAGUCUUCUUAGCACACCAGUGGUGCGAUCAGUUUUGAAUGAAUGGUUUCGUCUUAGACUUGCUGUGAAGAUGUUAGCCACACAGCAUGCUGCACAGUGAGCAGGCCUUGUGCAACACCACUGGCAGCAAAUUUUUUAACUUCUGCGUCUCACAGCUAUAUUAGAGAGAAAUAACUGCUGUCACUUUUCAGUAUUGGCUUUCUUAUUUGGAAUCACAUGUUGGACGCAAGCAUCAAUGCGCACAUGUUCCACUGGCAUACAGUGUUGCUGCACUUGGGUGGCAACCACUUCUUCACCACAUCCACAUUUUCGGUGUUGGUGCUUCCAUUUCACGCUGUGCAGUGAACGUACAGUGAUUUCUGCUAAAGUGUGUUACAUGCUGCUACCGGUGAAAAAAAGGCGCUGGAAAUGCAUUUGUUGUAGCUGCUUAGAGAAUUUGAAUCUCAAUUUCUGACAAGGUUUUUGCCUUGCUGAAGGUUUGUUGAAAAUGAUUUUGUCUUGCCUUUAACAUGGUGGUGAUGCAAAAUUUUCAGAUUGUGAUAUCUGCUUUACUUUUUAUUGAGCAAUAAAUUCACUAUCUUUAGGCAGAGCAGUAAAUAUCGUAUGCACCGGUGGCCUGAAAUGAUUUCUACCCUAACAUUUAGCAUUGGUUUGUGAUGGCAAGGAGUAAACUAUAACAUCUUUUGUAGGUAUGGUACAUUAGACAGAAGCAAUAUCAGUUGACACAACUGUGACUGUGGAAAACCCUGUUGUCUGCUCAUCUCCAUGUGGGGUCAUGCCACUUCAUAUUAUUUCACACCUUGAAAUGAUGAUGCAGUUACGACGCUAUUGGCAGGCUCUCCAGUAUGAGCCAGCUCAGAUUCCUUAUCUUUGAAACAAAAUUAUCAAAACAAUCUUUGAAACAAACUAAUCUCAUUUCACUCAGCUAAGUACAUUCACGUUUUCAUAAAGUUUGAGUGCAGCUGGUAGUGACAUGUUUUUUUUUGUUUUUUUUUUUUCACAGGUGCGUGUCUUAGUUUUGUUACCAAGGUUUUACUGAGUGAUGAUCAUAGAAGCUGCAAGAGUCAGAAAUGCGAGAAGUUACUGUCAUCUUGCUUUAUUUUUAUCAUAAUUUUUUUUAACAUCUGCUUUACCAGUGCUGUCCCGAGUGCCAUGAAUUGCCGUUUGCAACCAAGUCCUGACAGUGCUUCGUUUUAGUCAAUCUCUACUCUUCACCAAAACAGGUGGUUACCCUCUGUGCUGCUUUCUUCACUUACUCCUAAAACUUGACAUCAGGGCUGGUGCAGAACCUGUAGGAAAGCAUGUUGUUGGGAGAUGUGCGAGUACGUAGUCGUAUGUUUGACCUUUCUGUGGCAUUUUUUUGUUAACUGAGGGAUGGGUCGGUUGGAACUUGGUUGUCGAGCCUCCUGGCAUGUGGUUUUGUUUUUGUAACCAGCUGUUUAUGCUUGUUUGUUUGUGGAUUUUACACAUGGACUGCAAUUGAACUGCACAAUAGGGCUUCCCAGCUCUGCACAUGCCGCUGUGUGCGCACACACUGUGCACACAUACCAUGUUUUGAAAGAGGUUACUUUUUUUUUCAAGUCUUUUUUUUCUGUUCAGUUCUUUCUCUGGCAGGAAUGUUGGAAGUGAGAUGCUAUAUUGUUUUACACAGUACAACAAUAAAAAAAGAUGGAAUGCAAA